CAGGGUGCCCCCCGGACCGGAAGUGAGUGCUGCACCUCCCUGUGACAGGCAGCCCCGGGGCCCGGACGGGAAUGCCCUCAUGUCGCAGGUGGCGGGUGCUGCCCCGGCGGCGGCCGGUGGCUGGAAGGAGAAGAAGGUCUCCCUGGGGAAGAAGCUGUUCUGGCGGCGCGGCGGGUUAGUCAGCCGCUUCCUGCGGACGCUCAGCACCUUGUCCCACCUCAGCUCCGAGCAGGAGGAGGAUGCCGCCGCCGCCCGGGACAAGAGCGGCUCCCCGGCCCGGCCCCAGCCUCCCGCCCCGGAGUCCCCGCACCUGCCGCAGCCGCCUCCCCCCUCCCCGAGCCCCAGCCGCCUCCCCGGCCUGUCCGGCCUGAAGAACCACGGGAACACCUGCUUCAUGAACGCCGUGCUGCAGUGCCUCAGCAACACCGACCUGUUCGCCGAGUUCCUGGGCCUGGAGCAGUACAAGGAGAGCGAGGCCUCGGGGAGCCCCCUGCCCAGCCCGGGGGCGCAGGACCGCGGGGAGGUGACCGAGCAGCUGGCCGAGCUCCUGCGCUCCCUCUGGACCCUGGAGUACACGCCGCAGCACAGCCGGGAGUUCAAGACGGUGGUGUCCAGGAACGCCCUUCAGUACCGAGGCACCUCUCAGCACGACGCCCAGGAGUUCCUGCUGUGGCUUCUGGACCGGGUGCACGAAGACCUGAAUAUCCUCGUCAAGCACAAGCCUCGGCCUCCGGUGGAGGAAGAUCUGACCGGAGAGGGUCCAGCGUUUCCAACCAGCGGGACCUUUGUUCAGGAACUCUUCCAAGCUCAGUAUAGGUCCUCCUUGACGUGCCCCCAUUGUCAGAAACAGAGUAACACUUUUGACCCUUUCCUUUGCAUCUCUCUGCCAAUUCCUUUGCCUCAUACACGGCCUCUCUACGUGACCGUGGUUUAUCAGGGGAAGUGCUCGCACUGCAUGCGCAUUGGCGUUGCUGUUCCCUUGUCUGGAAAUGUAGUGCGUUUACGGGAAGCCAUAUCGAUGGAGACUAAGAUACCGACCGAUCAGAUAGUAAUAACUGAAAUGUAUUUUGAUGGCUUCCAUCGCUCCUUCUCUGACACAGAUGACUUGGAUGCUAUCCAGGAGAGCGACUGUAUAUUUGCAUUUGAGACUCCAGAUAUCUACACUUCUGAUGGGAUCCUAGGCCAGAGAGGAGUCUGUGUGAACAAUAACCAGAAUUACAUAAGGAAUGGGAUUGACCAGCAUCGGUCUUCUCACUACUCUUCCGGCUCAACGCGGCUCUCCAUGAAUAGGUUUGGAAUAGGAGAUCGUAUUGUAAUCCUGGUGUGUAACAGGUCAUACAGCGGGCAGCAUGGCAAGAGGUUCGGCCAGCCAUUUGUUCUACAUUUAGAGAGGAACAUCACAUGGGACGUCCUGCAAAAAGAGAUCUUGGAGAAAAUGCAGUAUUCCUUGCGGCCCUCAGUCUGUGUACAGGUGUGUCCAUUCAGCCUCCGGGUGGUUACAGCUGUCGGAAUAACUUACCUCUUACCUCAGGAAGAAAAACCUCUGUGUCACCCCACAGUGGAAAGGGCUCUCAAAUCCUGUGGUAUUGGCGGGGCUGCCCAUGUAAAGCUGGUGGUGGAAUGGGACAGAGAAACUAAAGAAUACCUUUUCGGGAACACAGAAGAGGAAUAUGUCCCCGACUCUGAGAGCGUCCGCCUGCAGCGGGAGCUGCACCAUCAGCCGCAGUGCUGCAGCCUCUCCCAGUGUUUCCAGCUGUAUACCAAAGAGGAGCAGCUGGCUCCCGGCAAUGCCUGGCGCUGCCCUCACUGUAAACAGCUGCAACAGGGCAGCAUUAAACUCAGCCUGUGGACCCUGCCUGAUGUGCUUAUACUACACCUGAAAAGAUUUCGACAGGAUGGGGAUCGAAGGGUGAAGCUGCAGAACAUGGUCCGCUUCCCAUUAGUAGGAUUGGAUAUGACGCCCCAUGUGGUCAAGCGCAGUCAAAGCUCUUGGAGCCUCCCGUCACACUGGUCACCGUGGAGACGUCCUUACGGCCUGGGGCGUGACCCUGAGGACUUCAUAUAUGACCUUUAUGCUGUGUGCAACCACCAUGGGACCAUGCAGGGAGGGCACUAUACAGCAUACUGUAAGAACUCUGUGGACGGCUUGUGGUACUGCUUCGAUGACAGUGAAGUACAGUCCCUCGCAGAGGACGAAGUGUGUAAACCAACCGCCUACAUCCUCUUCUACCAGCGCAGAGCGGCUGUGCCAUCCUGGUCGGCAAACAGUUCUGUGGCAGGUUCCACAAGCUCCUCACUAUGUGAUCACUGGAUCUCUAGAUUACCCGGCAGCCGACAGCCCAGUAUUGCAUCAGCGGCCUCGUCUAGGAGAACAUCUCUGGCAUCCCUGGCGGAGUCUGUGGAACUGACGGGGGAGAGGAGUGAGGACGAUGGUGGCUUCUCUUCCCGGCCGUUUGUCCGCAGCGUCCAGCGCCAGAGCUCCGGUCGAGCCUCUAUCACCAGUCCUCUCGUCUCCAAUGAGAAUGGAUUUAGACCAUCUUGGUCACUUGCAGCGAAACUCCACCUGCGCGCAGCCACAUCCUGCCGCCACCCCUCAGACUCUCCCAUACACGGGUCUUCCCUCGGCAAGAUCGGCGAGGGCGAUGACCACGUAUCAACAUCCUGUUUUGGAAGCCUUCGCAAUCUAUCUGGCAGUUUUCAUGAUCAUCUUGAAGGGGUUCGACGUGAGCAUCGCGCAGCAUCCCGGGCCCCGUUGGCAGUAGCCGAAUGUGGUGCUCAGAAAGAUCAGGUGGUUAAGAAAACUGGAACCUCGGAGCCACCAGUCAAGACUGCGGCAGAGCUGGUUAGUAGUAACUCGUUGGAUCCUAUAGAUAACAAUAACCACAUCGCCUUUGUCGAUCAAAGUGAUUCUGUGAGUUCGUCCCCUGUCCGUGAGUCUCCACAGAGCGAGGAAGUACAGACUAAGAAGCCUGUGACCAGUAAAGCUCCAGCUGUGACUGAAAAGGCAACACGAACCCCAGAGAAAGAGUGUAAGAAGACCAUGACCGCUUCACCUAGCAGUAGUGGAAAACCUGUCUCCAAGACCAAGAGGAGUGAAGUCAAAACUCCUACACAUCGUUCAUCUACACAUCAAAAGAAAGACACCGGGAAACCACAGGAAGCCUCCACCCCUGUGUCUCAGCCGAGGCUCAAAUCCUCAAGUUCUGCACAUGGAAACACCUCGUCUCCAGCACCUAAGAAACCCGCUCCUUCGUCUAGAACCUCCUCUAUAUCCAGUUCGUCUAGUAAGCAUAGAGCACCUGAAAAGACUCUUAGCAGGGAGGGAUCUAAAAUAAGCCUGGGCUCAGACAAAGCCUGUGCUACCAAACCCUGUAGCGCCGCCCGUGCUGCAAAUACCAAGAGCAACGGCACUCCAGCAGAUAGUUGUACUGUACGAAGUUCCUCCAUGGCUAGCCUCCGCACACCUCAGACCGCAGCUCGGUCCAGUCUCAAGCGGGACAGCAAGUCAGAAGAUAAGGGACUGAGCUUCUUUAAGUCUGCCCUGAGGCAGAAGGAGAACAGACGGUCAGCAGACUUGGGCAAGACCAGCCUGUUGUCUAAGAAACCAACAGGAACCAAGGGUGUAGGUCAAGAGAAGCAAGAGUCUGUGCCAUCCUCCCCAACGGCCGAGGUGGCCCCGAGUCCCAAAAAGCAUUCUGCCUUACCUCAGAACAAAAGCAAGUCUUCCCCUGAUGAAAGACAAGCCCAGUCAUCUCCUGGUGGGAAAAAGACUGCUGACAAGUACCUUAAAAAAUUCCCAUCUUCGUCAAAGCCAUUGCCUAAAGCUCAGUGACCCAGGGUGCAGGGGCAGCUGUGCCACAAGUCCUGACUGCAGAUCCAUGCAGGAGAAGCUGUCCCUGCCUACGCCAUUGGGAAUGUAUGCACUUUUUUUUUUUUUUAAAGAACUUUAGUGGGGUUGAGGGUCUUGUCCUUGUAUUCUCCCAGCAUUGCUUGCGCAUGGAAGUUGACUUUUGUGGUGUUAAACCUGCUGGUGGAGUAAGCCAUGCCCUACCAGCCAAACUUUUAAUUACUCGGCCCCAGUCCUGCUGAACCUUGCCCGCUUUGUCCUAAUUCUCCAGGGAAGAGGAGGAAUUAUGUUUUUUUUUUUUUCUCUUCUGCUAACAGAAUGCUGCUUUUUAUUCUUCUUAUCUUCCUUACCAAAGCUCGGCUGUGACUCUAGCACAGAGGACAGUAGGAGGAAGGUUGGGUGACUUUUUACGCUAAGGGGUGGGGAGCGCUAAUCUUGGUAGACCCUUGUUCAUACACCAUUGAAGUUAUCUGGAGCACUCUUUCAGGGUGUUCUCCAUUACAUCAUCAUUAUAUCACCUAUAGGGCGGCAUAUAGGACCUGUUGUGUUGAUGUGUCUGCUCCCACUCCUGCAUAAUCACUUGAUAUCAUAACGGUUAACAUAGAGAUUAAGCUAACCAAUGCCCGGUCAGUUGGUAGACUGCCACUGCUGGUUGCCUUGGUUCAUACAUGCCCUUCCCCCAUUGUGGCGGUGUUUUUUUUUAGUUUUUUAGUUUUUUUUUGUGGAAAUCCUAUCAUCCUUGUCCGAUAGUGUAGCGUUUUGCGCGCUCUCAUGUCAUAUCUCCACUCUAUGCAGUACCAUUGCACUGUAUACUCACCACUAUUCGAUAUAAAACGCCAUUCCAUGCACUUGAUGUUCGUGGCCGCUUCCUAGUUACCGCCCUGCAAGACUGAGGUCUCUUCCACGCGGAGCAGUCCCCGCAUUAGGUGCUUUGGUCAUGCUGUGACGUGUGCGCCCUACGGUUUCAUGUUUUCCUAGCUGAUGACCUGGCUCCACGUGUCUUUCUCUCUCUCCUGCACCACCCCAGUGUUUAACUCCCUUCUUCGACCUCAGGAAGGAUUUGUAAUAUCCCAGGGCAGCUUUUGUAGCAGUAUUCGGAGAUUGCAGGCAAAGAACGGAGAAGACCAUUCGUCGGAGAGGAAGACUUUCUUAUACAUUUCCUGUACAGCAAAUGACAUUCCAAAAGGUUGGCUUUUUGUUUUCUUUUUUCCUAACGGCAGACCGCCAUAUCUGCCACUUCUGGUUUGCCAAUCACAUGGUGCUGCCCCCUAUUAGUAUAGCUGUGAAGUACAAUACAGUAAAACACUAAAAUUCCCUUUAGAUCAAGUGAACACAACGUGAAUUGUUUUUAUUAGUUUACAUUUUUAUAUUUUGUCCUUUCAUUGCUGCUUGGGUGAAAAAGGAGAGUGGAUCUGAGUCUUUUUUUUUUUUCCUCCUUUUUUGUAGCACAGGCUGGCAUACGACUGGACGAACGGCUGGACCUCUCCCUAGUCUUCUGUCCCUUUGCUCAGGCACUUUUUUUUUUUUUGCAUGGCAGUGUUUGAAUGUGCACGCACUCGUAACCUAUGCAAACUAAUAACGGUAAUUUACCCGGUGCUCUCACCUCCGACAUAUCUUGUGGUGUGUGUUGUGUUACUGACAUGUCGUGACGGUCACAGGAUGACAGCUUUCUGUUCCUUUUUUUUUGUUUUUUUUUAUUACUCUGUAUCCCUUGUAUCUGCUCUCAGUAUCUUACUCCAGCCAUCGUUGACCUAAGGUUAUCAUCUUUUAUGCUUUUUUUUGUAUUCACCUGCUGGACCGAUGACAGGCUCCUAGCCCGGUUGGCGGAGUUCACAGCCACCUGCCUUUUGGGAAGAUGAGGCCCUGAGCUCUUAGAUUCUCUUAGACCAGGCAGGCUCAACCUGCGGCCCUCCAGCUGUUGUAAAACUACAACUCCCAAAAUGCCCUGCUGCAGGCUGAUAGCUGUAGGCUGUUCAGGCAUGCUGGGAGUUGUUGUUUUGCAACAGCUGGAGGGCCGCAGGUUGAGCAUGCCUGCACUAGGCGGUCAGUUCUUAUCCUGACUUGGAGGGAUGCAACUUUUUUUCACUCACAUUUUGGAAUUUCAUGGUCUGUCAGAUGAAGUUCCAGGAAGGCAGCUGUUUCCACCCUCCCCGUAGAGGAGCUUGACCCACUCAGCUUGGAGAUCAGCGUGUGCCUAGUGGUCCGACCGCCAACCAACUUCUAGGUGAGAAUAGCUUCAUAUGAAUGGCCCAUGGAAGUCUAAAAGCCCGCAUUUGCCACUGUCCAGGGUAUAUGUAAGCGGCUCUGCUUCAGCUCCUCACCAUUUUUAAGAUCUCUGCUUGCUGUCAGUAAACUGGGAACAUUUUUGUCCACAUUCAAAGGCUGAGAAGAGCAUUCUGAUAAGUGGUGCGCCUGUUGAAAAUGACAAGCUUACACCCUUUAGGUAUGAACAGUCCUUCCGUUCACUGAUGGCAAGCUGAGAUCUUGAAAUGACGAAAAAAAGUGGCAAACUUUUCAUUAUGUGACCCCUUUUAUAAAGGAAGUCCAAAUGAAUGUUUUAGGGCCACCCUGGAACAAUGAUCAGUUAAAGGGGUGUUCCAGUUAGAUUGUUAUCCCCUAUCCUAAGAAUAGGGGAGAUAACUAUUAGAUUGGUAGGUGUCUUACCGCAGGGACCCCCACUGAUCAUGAGAACAGGGCCCCUGUACCCCCUGAAAUGAACGGAACGGCCAGUUGCACAUGCGUGUGGAUACUUAAUUAAUUUCUAUGGGAAUUUCGGAGAGCAGAGUACAGCGCACGCUGUGUCCUGAAUUUCCAUAGAAAUUAAUGGAGCGGCCGCGCCGUUCAUUUCAGGGGGAUACGGGGGCCCCAUUCUCGUGAUCGGUUCCAGUGAGGGUUCCAGCAAUCCUAAUGGUUAUCCCUUAUCCUGUGAAUGGGGAUGACUUAAAGGUGUUAGAUUUAAGGCUACUUUCCACCAUAGAACAGCCGGCCGAAGUUCUCUGGAUCCGCCAUUGCAGGAUACUGCCGCCUGCCCACCGGACCCCAUUGAUUAUAAUGGAGUCCUGCAGAGAUCUGGCUGCUAACCGGCAAAUAUGCUGGAAAUCAGCUGGACAAAAACCACUGCCCGCAGCGUUUGUCUGGUCUAUUCCUCACAUUCUCAGCCGGAACAGCCAGACGCAGGUGUGAAACUAACCAAAGAUGGGUGUAAAAGUGCAGUAAUUUUACGCCAUGAACAUAUCCGCCUCCAAAUAUACAUCUUACAGGCCGAUUUGCGGUGGAAUAACUGCUGAUUCCGCUUUUUGCAUUGCAAAGUGUUAAAUCCGUGGCAUGUCCACAUCCGAUUCCGCAUGUGGAUUUUGUCCGUGCUGUGAAAUUACGCCACAUGUGACUCCAGCCUCAAGGAGAAGCUUCUUUGUUUCUCCCCAUCUUGGUUUGAUUGUCUUCUUUUUACACUACAGAACGGUCGUUUAGCCUAAAGGGCCGGAAAAGCCCUGAGCCGCCGAAUGCAAACUUUAUGCAAAUGAGGAACAAUCUGCAAAAAAAAAAAAAAAGGAAAAUCCUGUACACUAAAGAGCGGACUGCACAGGUUAGAGAGUCGCCUGCUCCGCUAAAUGUUGUGCAGGCCGAUUUGCAUAGCGCUUCCUCAUUUCCAUCCUCCCUUGGCUUUUGGCAGCGUGGCGCCGAUGCCUGGGAUGUUAGGCAGACUUCUUUUUAUUUUCUUGGCUUCUGAUCAUUGCGCUGCCCCAGGCUUUCGAAGGCAUUGCGUUGUUCCAGCUGUACAAGGUCGCACUUUCUGCGACCCUUAUUGAUCAAAUGGCUGGCGGCAGAAGCUUGCGGAUGAGAAACCAUGUGUAAAAUUCCUUCUGCCGUUCAGGUAAUGGUGGGUAUUGUGUCACCCGGGGCGUUUUAUUGCCGGGAAGUUCACAUUGGAUUAAUGACUGAGAAAUGAUUUGUUUAAAGUGACUCUCUACCUAUUGUCGGCAUCAUCUUCAUCAAUCUAAAUUCUGUACGGAUUGCCGCCUUAAUUUUUUUUAAUACUGGCCAGAGGGUCACUGUUCUGAUACAGAGCUCCAAAGCUUCUCCAUUGGCAGUUAAAGGGAGUCGGGCACCAAAAAAUUCACUCAUACACAGGUAUAAUGCCUAGCUCAGCUGGAUGUAAUGGUAUCUUACACUUAGCGAUCUGAUGCUUUAUUCCAUAUGCAAAUGAGCAUUUAAGUGCACUGAGGGUGGGCCCAAGCCACGCCGUGUAUCCUUGUUCCUCUUGUCUCCUUUGCUAUGCCCUCCCUCUCCUUCAUGAUUGACAGGUCCAGGCUAGAUGACUAUGCAGGAACUCUGUCAAUCAGGAAGGAGAGGGAGGGGCCGGCAGAGGAUGCAGGAGGAGCAGGGGUGCACAGUGGCUUGGGCCAGUCCUCAGUGCACUUAACUGCUCAUGUGCAUAUGGAUUAAAAGGACUUUUUCCUCCACAACGAAGCAAUGGAUCGCUAAAUUAAAGGUAUUACAUUCAGAUAGUCCUAAAAGGCAUUGUGCCUGGUGUACCAGUGAAUUUCCUGGUGGCGGGCUUCCUUUAAAUGUGAACAUUUUUUCGUCCUGCAGCCACCACUAGAGGGAGCUCAGGAGUUUACUGCAUACUGUUUAUACAUUGAGCUCAGUAAUAACACUGUAUGCAGUGCUGGCUGCAAGUAGCAAAACAUGUUUUCAUUUCACUCUGCCCUAUGCAGGGGAUCUGGAGCUCUGAACAUAAUGCAGGGCAAAUGGUGGAUGUUCACUUUAGGGCCCAAACCUUUUUAUUUUUUAUUUUUAUUUUUUUAACAAUGGUUGGAGUGCAGCUUACUAUUUUUGUGACAUAAAAUUGUAUAUUGACCUGUUCUUUUCUGUUUUUUUUAAGGUCCAAAAUUGAAGGUGACUGAUCUUGUGACUAAGACGAGGGCCUGUAGCGUCUGUUUGCAGCUUUUAUGUCGUACGGAUGCUACAGCCCUUCAUACAGGACAUUGUCAUCCUCACCAUUAGGGCUCAUGCACACGAACGUAUUUUCUUUCCGUAGCCGUUUCGUUACGUUUUUUUUUGCGGACCGUAUACGGAACCAUUCAU